AUGGGAGUUUCCGGUUCUACCCUGUCGGGUAGACCACUCCGGAUGCAAGCUCAACGUGUCGAUCCCUCGGAUGGUCUAAUGACCGAGGGUCCCCUAAGAGAUGCCUUUGGCGAGUAUACAAUUGUCACCGAAAAGUUCAACAAACCGUAUAGGAAAAAGAGAGAUUGGUACUGCAAGCACGAGUAUGCCCAAUAUGGCAGCAAUGAUAGCUACCAUUAUGUCCAUUUGGAUGGCCGGUACUACUCCCAAAACCCAGAUGGAAGUAAAGAGCACAUAAAUCUCAUAUUGAAGCAAGCCUCGUAUACUCCACCGGGAAAUAAAAGCCCGAUCGAUUGCGCAGAUGAGGUCGAUUGGGAGGAGCUGAAUGAAAUACCGGACCUUUGCAUCGCAAGGGCGGUCGUAACUCACAAGCAUAUGGAGAAAUUCAUGCAGGACAUGAAGACGCAAGAAAAGACAACUAUCUACAAGGACAUCGCGAAAAAAAGGAGGGAGUGUGCAAAAUUGCUGAAAGAAAAGGAAUCUCCAGGUGUCACCGAGGACGAGGCCGAAGAGACCGAUUGUGAGACAGAAGAAUGGUCCGAUGAAGAGGAGCCGACCGAGGAGAGGAAUGAGAACCAGCAAACAACAGACGAAGGGGAAGUCCGCACGCCGCAGGGGAGAAUGAUGCAGAGAAUGACGCCCAUGCCAGAGGAGCAGCUGUCAAGAACCAUGACAAUGACGCCAAUGUCUGAUUUGACGUCGGACAAUGAGUCAAUUGACGAGUCCCUGCAUCCAGGAGAGACAGAGGGCAGAUCUUCUCAAAAGCGGAAGGCCAAUGAAAUGGAAGACAGCGAGGACGAGACGCCUAGGACUCCAGCCCCGAAGAGGGGGAACAUGGAUAGGAGAGACGGCACUGGGCUCACUGUUGCCGAAAGAGAGGAGCGAAAACGAAUGGCCAACAGGAAAAAGCGAGCGCGUGCGAAGGCGAAAAGGGCUCGGGUGAGGUGUGAGACGGAAGAGAGGACUUUCGACCCCUAG